AUGGGUCAUAAUUUUCUCAGUGAUGCGAACACCAUUCAAUUGCUUUUGUUGUUGUACUUUUCCAUUGCCAACCUUCUUAAUCUUGCUCAUGCUGAUCCACCCUACAGGUUUUGCUCAAAUACAUCUCCUUACGUAGCUAAUAGUCCAUUUCAAAACAAUCUCAAGUCCCUCAUGUCUUAUCUUGCCUCAAAUGCUUCUGUGUCGAAUCAAUAUCAUGCCUAUGCUGGAAAUGACCCUGAUAGAGUCUAUGCUCAAUAUAUGUGCUACAACUACAUAACAAACGAAAAGUGCAGUGCCUGCAUUGAUGCAGCAUCACAAGAUAUCAUGCAACUCUGUCCAAACAAUAGAGAUGCAGCUGUAUGGGAGGAGCUGUGCCAGUUGCGCUUCUCGAAUCAAAAUUUUUUAGGCCUGCUUGAUUUCUCAGGAAACAUUCCUUUAUCUAAUAGAAAGACGAUUGAAAAUCCGGAACAGUACUUUGUAUCAGCAGUGAACGAAAAUUUCAGUAACCUUACCAAGAAGGCUGCUUUUGAUCCUGCGCAGAAUAUGUAUGCUACGCGAAAAUUAGCCUUAUCGGAUAGAGAAACCCUUUAUGCUCUGGGGCAGUGCACUACAGAUUUGUCAUCCCACGAUUGUAACACUUGCCUUCAGGUUGCCAUACAAAAUAUUUCAACUUGCUGCUAUAUCAGUCGAGGGGCACGGCUUCUUAGCCGGAGUUGCUAUUUUAGGUAUGAGCUAUACGCAUUCCAUGACGGCGUAGCCGAACCGGGAACACGAAAGUGUAAGUAUAUAUAUUUUCAAUAUAUUACAAACAAAUCAUACAAAAUUUGCUUAACCAAUCAAAGAUAUUGUUCUUGCGUUUCUCACUGCAUCGUGUAUCAUCUACUUUCGGCGAAUAAGAAGAAAAGAAACAGAUUACAAAGAACUGUUCUGUCAUUUGCAGAUGAGGAAAAAGGCCACCUUGCUUUCUUACAGGAACUGAUAAAAUCUAGAGGAUCGACAUUCGUAGAAGAUAAUAAGGUGAGUUCUAAGGAAUUACCAUGGAUGAUGGACCUGACUGUUAUAAGAGCUGCGACAGAUAACUUCUCUGUUUCAAACAAGCUUGGACAGGGAGGAUUUGGCCCUGUUUACAAGGGGAUACUAAGCGAUGGAAGCGAAGUUGCAGUGAAGAGACUUUCAAGAAGUUCGGAGCAGGGCGUAAAAGAAUUCAAAACUGAAGUUCUAUUAAUAAUGAAACUUCAGCACAAAAAUCUUGUCAGGCUGCUUGGUUUUUGUGUUGAAGGAGAGGAGAAGCUCCUCGUCUAUGAAUUCAUGCCUAACAGCAGCCUUGAUGUUAUUCUUUUUGAUCCUACGAAACGAGCAGAACUUGAUUGGAGCAGUAGAACUGAUAUUAUAAAUGGAAUUGCAAAGGGAAUGCUUUAUCUUCACGAGGAUUCUAGGCUUAGAAUCAUUCAUCGAGACCUAAAAGCUUCUAAUGUAUUGUUAGACAAUGAGAUGAAUCCGAAGAUUUCUGACUUUGGAAUGGCAAGGAUUUUUUCAAGCAAUGAAGACGAAGCCAAUACUGCUCGAAUAGUAGGAACAUAUGGAUACAUGGCACCAGAAUAUGCAAUGGAGGGAUUAUAUUCAACCAAAUCUGAUGUUUUUAGUUUUGGUGUUCUCUUGUUUGAGAUCAUAAGCGGGAGAAAGAAAGCUGUAUCCCACCAAUCAAAAUGUGCUCCUAGCCUCCUUGCAUAUGCUUGGCAAUUAUGGAACGAAGGAAAUAAAGCAGAGUUGAUUGAUCCAAGGCUGUCUGAUUCAUGCAAUGCAGACGAAUUCUCACGUUACAUGCACAUUGGUUUAUUAUGUGUUCAAGAAGAUGCUAGCGACAGACCUACCAUGUCAUCUGUUGUCUUAAUGCUCAAAAGCCAAAAUUCAUUUCUUCCCCAACCUGAGCGGCCGGCUUUUGUGGGAAGAUUCAUGGACAACCUGGAGGCAACUGCUAGCAAUUUCUCUGUCAAUGAAAUGACACUUUCUGAUGUUGGUCCACGCGGAUGAAAAAGUGUAGUAGCUCACUUUCUGAUGUUCGUCCACGCCAUUUCAAUCCCGACCGACCUCACUUCAUUCCAAAUCAAAACAUGCUCAAUAAAGAAAAGUUUGAGGCAGAAGAAGAGAUGUGUUUUUUAAGAGAGCAGAAUAGGACAAGAUGUUUCAGUAGAAUUCUGACUUUAUUCUUAUUUGUAACGUGAACACACACAGCUUACAUACUACUGUGUGUGUAAAGUAUGGAAACAAGGUCUUGGAUAAGUAUAGUAAUAAAUCAUGUAUAAAGGAAAGCUUUUAAUUAUUAUUACUCAGUAGAUCCACCGUGCCAAA